GAUCUAUUCCCAUUUGACUUUAAGGUUUGAGCUGAUCACCUUUAGUUUUACAAUGGGUAUCAUGCCAUUUGAUAAUAUCCAUUGAAUAUUACUAGGCUGCUAAUGCGGUUUUCCCUAUUUAAGGAAUCUUAAAGUGGUGGAGUUCUUCAAGCUGAAGCUCAAGUGAUGAGCAGAGCAGGAAGUUGAGAUGGGAAAGAUGAUAGUUUUUCUUUUGCUUUGUAUGUGUUUCUGCAUUGCAGAGCCCUUGGAUUGGGAGACAGCUAAUGGGAUCGACACAGGGGGGCUGAGCAGAGCCAGCUUUCCUAAAGACUUUAUUUUUGGCACUGCUACUUCAGCUUACCAGGUUGAGGGAGCUGCAAGCACUGAGGGACGAGGACCCAGCAUAUGGGAUGCUUUUGUCAAGAUACCAGGUACCAUAGCUAAAAAUGCCACUGCAGAAGUUACGGUGGAUCAGUACCAUCGUUACAAGGAAGAUGUAGAGCUGAUGGUAAAGAUGAACAUGGAUGCAUACCGUUUCUCUAUAUCCUGGUCGAGAAUUUUUCCAAAGGGAACGGGUCGAGUGAAUUAUAAGGGUGUCGAGUAUUACAAUAAUCUCAUAAACUAUCUACUUGAAAGAGGUAUCACACCCUAUGCAAAUCUUUAUCAUUAUGAUUUACCAGAAGGUCUUGAAAAAGCCUUUAAAGGGUUGCUAGACUUCAAAGUUGUGGAAGAAUAUGCAAGAUUUGCAGAAUUCUGCUUCAAAACAUUUGGUGACAGGGUAAAAAAUUGGAUGACAUUCAAUGAGCCACGUGUUGUUGCUGCUCUUGGUUAUGAUAAUGGAAUAUUUGCCCCUGCAAGAUGCUCUACUCCAUUUGGAAACUGUACUGCAGGAAACUCUUCAACAGAACCCUACAUUGUUGCACACAAUUUGCUUCUCUCACAUGCUGCUGCUGUACAUAUUUAUAGACAAAAAUACCAGGCCAAGCAGAAGGGAAAAAUCGGUAUUCUUCUGGACUUUGUGUGGUAUGAGCCCCUUACAAAUUCCACGGAAGACAUGGCAGCUGCCCAAAGAUCUAGGGAUUUCCAUAUUGGCUGGUUUCUUCAUCCUAUUGUAUAUGGGAAAUACCCUCAGAAUAUGGUGGAAAUUGUUGGAACAAGACUGCCUAAAUUUACAGAAAAGCAAGUCACAAUGGUUAAAGGUUCAAUUGACUUCUUAGGAGUUAAUCAGUAUACAGCUUAUUAUAUGUAUGACCCAAAACAACCCAAGCAAAAUGUAACAGACUACCAGAUGGACUGGAAUGCAGGUUUUGCAUAUGCACGUGAUGGAGUGCCAAUUGGUCCAAGGGCAAAUUCAUACUGGCUGUACAUUGUGCCAUGGGGUUUGUACAAAGCUGUGACAUACAUAAAAGAGCACUAUGGAAAUCCAACUAUGUUUCUGUCUGAAAAUGGAAUGGAUGAUCCUGGAAAUGUGACUUUGCCUGCUGGGCUGCAUGAUACGACAAGGAUCAACUACUAUAGGAGCUAUAUAGAAAAUUUACAACAUGCAAUUAAAGAUGGUGCAAAUGUUGCAGGAUACUUUGCUUGGUCUCUGCUGGAUAAUUUUGAAUGGCUAUCUGGGUACACAUCAAGGUUUGGAUUGGUUUAUGUAGAUUUCAAAACUCUUAAAAGAUAUCCAAAGAUGUCUGCCUACUGGUUUUCCAAGGUUCUCCAACGCCACUAGUCACUACCUCUCUCUAUUUAUGUCCCAUGGGUGAUUACUAAAAUGGAAGCCAAGCAUACUUUAUGUAAUUCUUAUGCAAUGAAGGUUACCACAUCUGUUGCAAAAUAAGCUAUAAUAAGUGUAACAAGCAGUGCUGAUCUUCUAAGAUGCCUUAUUAUAAAGUUCCUAUCAACAUUUGAUCUCUGACA